ACAUGACGCGGUGACCACGAAUCCGCAUGGUCGACUUGAACGUAAACCAUCAUGUGUUUUAUAGCUCCAUGCGUAAACAUGCUCGCAAUAAUUUCCAAGUUCAGUUAAAAUGAAUUCAACAAGCAAAUCUAAUUGCAUCAUGGAUGGAAAAGGUAGGAGGAUGUUUCUGGUCAACGUGUCAGAAAAAAACCACGAAUUCCAAAAAAUCUGGAGGAAAAACGAAUUGAUAGAGGUAUCACCUUACCAAACUUGGUUGGAGGUGUUCGAGCACGCGUGUCCUACCUUAUACCGUCAGCUGAUGAUGGAGCUUUUGUAUGACGAGCCAAGACUUAAGAUCCAGCUCGCCUCAUCAACGGCUUCCGAUCCCUCGGAUUUACUUAUCUCUGUGAGGAGAGAUCAACAAGUGAAAUGCGCCCUUGAGUUUCGCCCCUCCCUGGACGUUGUUCACUUCGAGUUGACAUCUCGGAGAGUUGAUUAUCCAUCUCGAAACUUUUUCUCGGCAGGCAAUGGCGUGUCAAGCAUGGGUGGUUCGACUGACGCGGCAGGCGAUGCUGCACCAAGGCCGUUGCGUUCCAGAGAUGAGAGCCUCGAGGAAGGUUUGGCAAGCGUCCGCAUCGGAGGCGAGCAUCCCGAGUCCUGCCCUUCGCCUCGCCCAGAAGCAACAGGUGCUGAAGAGGACAAAGGAGCAAGGGCCCUGGCUCUAGCUGAGAUAAAAGCUGCAGCUAUGGCAUCUCAACAAGAUGCCUUUGACAAGCUUGGGAAGGGCAAUAACAGCUCCGUCUAAGUCUCCAGCCGGAAAAAAGUGUGAGGGUCUCGUUGGACAGACAACGAAAUCAGGAAUGUUUGAAAUGGAACGUCUUUCCAAGUUGAGAACUCCUCUUCUCUAGUUUUUAAGACCAUGGGCCCACAACCUAAGAACGUUUUGGGGGUUGAUCCUAGCAUCGAUUGGGGGCAGCAUAACAAGGUUUGCCAAUUCAUGUAUAUCAUUUAGAAUCUACACCACGUGCCUUAAUUAGUGUGGCACCGUGUGUUUCAUAUACUUCCAUUUGUAGCAAAUAAGACAAGAGUCCAUGCGGAUGCCGAAAUUACUUUUUUAACCAUUUUUCAGCUUACACUAUGAAAGGUUUAGCCAUUCUGAAUCGAUAAAACAGAAUUUUGUUCACUCUGGGGAUACCAAUGACUUCCAUCUACUCAAAAUUUGCAUGAAGAUUGCUUUAAAUAGAUUACAGAGCUAAAAACGCUUUAGUUUAGAUUACUGCAUGUACAUUGCAUUGCGGAGUACAUUUUUUUUUCAAGUACCUUCAACGGUAUAUAUCUUAACCCAAACCUCCCCAAAUCCAUCCCCAAUUUUGGUGGAUUUUGGGGGACUUGGUCCUGCAGGCCUGGUUUAACUAAAUAUUGAUGGAGUAUGAUGGACUUAGGCCUGGAGGCCUAAAAACAAAGCAUGCAUUGGAAGCAGUGUGAAUGAUGGAUUUGGAGGACUUGGUCCACUACUUAGUAACAGACAGUAGGGAGUUGGGGUUAAAUAUGUAAUUAUGUGCGGCUAUGCUGAGCUUGUUUAAAUAAUUAAUGACUUUUUGUUUUCAUCGUGUCAGCAAUAUUGGAACCUUUUUUGACAAUAAGAUUCAAGGCAUCAAAUACCCAGUAGAACCUAGUGCAUAGAAGUUUUUGGCGAUUUUUUAUUAUUCAUUCUUUUAAUUCUUAACGUCUUCCAAAAUAGGAAAAAAAAGUGGGGGAAAAAAAAAAACAAUUCUCAUAGACGCAUUAAGUGAAACAUGCUUUUCAAAAAAGAUUU